AUGGCCGCCCUGGGCCUGCAUCCUCACAAGGCAAGAGCAGCGUCCGUGGUGGACACUGACCUGUGUGGCCCUCACCCCGCCGUGUGGUUCUCUGUCAUUGCUGACCCCCGUCUCUCCCGGUCCGUACAGGAGCACAUGGCUAGCUGCCUAUUGGACAUAUACUUGGACCUGCUGGAUCAUCAAGCCAUCAUCCUGGCCGCGAACUCCAGCUUUGUGGAUCCCUUACUGCAGUUUGAAUCCCAACUGGAGAUAAUAGAGAAAUCCUUUAAAAUGGUGUUUUCAAUUCCGAAUCUUGACGAAGUGAAGGACAGGGGAAACAGCCAAAAAGACAGAGAGGACCUGGAGACCUUAUACAGCAAUAUUUUAAACAUAUAUGAGGCCACUCUUCUGAUCUUAGUGUCUGAAGACCUUUACAAACUGCAAAUCUUAAAGGAAAUGGCCACGUGGAUGAGGGAAGACAGCCGGUGGCUGCAGGAGCGAGCCCUGGUGAUCAGCAGCAGGGUGCUAAGCUCUGCCUCCAGCCAAGUCAGGGCAUCUGCGAGCAUUGAUGCCCCGUGUCUGGGUGUCCUGGCAGCAGAACUGUUCCUUUUGUGUUCCCACACCGAUCCUUCAAUCACACAACAAGCAUUCUUAGGAAUGUACCACCUCCUGCGCAUUGCAAAGUUUCAGAGCGAUAUUGAAAAAAAUAAAACUACAAUGUGCAAGCCCGGAAAUCAUUGCCUUUCCUUCUCUCCCUCUGAAAUGGAAUUCCUGCCCAAGAUCUUGCAAAGGGACAAAACCAAAUUUGCUCAGAUCAUAGGGCAAAGCCUGCAGCCCUCCUUGCUGACCGACUUCGUGUGGACCCUCCUGAUGGCCCUCUCCACGGCCGAUGGCUCCACGGCGUCCGAGGCGGCCACCCUCCUGCAGCUGAUCCUGGAGCAUCACACCCACAAGGUCACCGCGGUGUCCAAGAUCGUGGAUGCUAUUUAUAAGCAGCUGUGUAGAAACUCCUCCCACGUCGUGAAGGACGCGAUGCUGCAGAUCAUCACCUUGCUGACACGCACCUACCCUAAGACGGUCAUCUUUCAGCUUAUGGACUGUCCGGUCCCUGCAGACAAGUCUCUGCUACUAAUGUGGCAUGCAGCUGGUUCUGAGUCAAGCGUGGCCCCUCACAUGCUGCAGACAAUUUUGCUGAUCCUGAAAGGGAAGCCCGGGCAGACGCAGGACAGCCCGAUGGAAAAAAGACGCUUCUCUAUGGAUGCUGCCAACAUGAUGCCUGUGGUGGCAUGCCAGGCCCUGUGCACACUGCUGCCUAUGAAGUCUUACAGGAAGCCGGUGGCCCAGUUCUUCCCCCAGCUCCUGAUGGCCCUCCUACUUCAGCUGUUUUACAGCAGCAGCCUGAGACUGACCACUGGGGAGAGGCCUUUGUUUGCCCAGGACGCCCUGCGGGCUCUGCUGAGUUGCUCCGGACUGCAGCAGGUGGACUGUGCUCUCGAGAGAAGAAACUUAUGGAGCCAGUGUUCUCAUGAGCUGUCUCACCACCAUGGGAUCCACCUCAUCGCCAAAACUCUCAGCGAGCAUCACUUCCCGCAGUUCCCACAGACCCUGCAGUAUCUCUACAAGCUCUCGGUGGAGGGGCUCAGAAUGUCCGACAACAGUAUCGUCACAAUUACAUUCCUCAUGGAACUUCUGAAUAACUUCUUCAAGGGCCCAUUGCCAGAAGAAUUUAUGGUUCUGUUCAGAAACUGGGCCAAGGACUCCAAUCCCGCAGUGUGCAAACUCAGCCUUCGGAAAAUCGCCAGCAUGGCCCCGGUCAUCAACAAGAUCAAAAAUGUCUGCAGCUUAUUAAUAUCCAUCCUGGAUACCUUCCUCUCCGAAGACAAGACGGUUGUAAUUCAGGCCUUGUUCACCCUUCGAACACUUUUAGGCAAACUGGACAAGGCAACCUACUUCUCUUUGUGCACCAGGAUCGCCUCCAGCUACUGUCCCCUGAUGGACCAUGACAGCAGCAGCAUUCGGAGCAUGGCUGUCCAGCAGCUGGGCGAGCUGGUCAGGGACAUGAGUCAGCACAAGUCGAUGCUUAGGCACGUGGUCCUCAGAGGUCUCGUGCCUCUGAUCCUGUUUUUAGAAGAUACAGAGACAAGAGUGGUCAGAGCGUGUAAAUUUACAUUAGAAAUCUGUGCCUCAGAAUUAAACUGGUCAAUGCCACAUUUGUUCAAAGACAAACAGUACAGUUUUGACCUAGUGGUCCUGGACAUCUGCAAAAACGUGCUUAUUUCCCAUGGGAGCUGCAUUAUGGAUUUGAUACAUGACAUCUUAGGGUUCCUGAGGAGCUCCCAGCCAUAUCUGAAGAGAGCAUCAAUUAUUUUAAUAGGGUACUUGACAAAACUGGGUGGCCACUUGCUGCUCAAAGAUGAAGUCAAGAUUAUUCUGGACGCUGUGGACCAGGUGCUGCAGGAUGAGGACCCUGUGACCAGAGAGUUGGCAGAGAUAACGAGUAACGUUAUCAAGGAAAUAACCCACAUGCUGACUUCCUCCAUCUUUAAACAAAGCUUCCGAAGACUGUUUAACUGCAUGUACAUCAAAAAACUGAAACCUCUCUAUAACUGUGACUGGUCAAGCAGACAGAGUGAUGGGGAGGCCCUUCCCUACGAGGCUCAUGAGGACUUCUUAACAAAGAGCAGCAGGUUCACCGGUGCCCAGGGGUGCACCUCAGAGGAGGGGACCCGUUCCUCUCCCUCUUGAUAACUUGAGUGCAUCUGUAGAUGCCUUUCUGAAGGGUGUUGGA